AGAGUCAUCGUAGAAAGACAACAGAGAUGGUCUUCGUCUCAGAGCCGAAAAAGGGAGGAGGGAGGGGGGACGGCUUCCGGUAGAGCGGGAGGCGCAUGCGGGCACCCGGGGACUGGUCCCUCCAGAGCGAGGCUCGGUGUGUGCCGAGUGGAAAGUCGGGUUUCUCAGUCAGUCAGUCAGUGGAGAAGGGAGCGAGCUGGGGCUGCGGGCGGCCACGCAACUUCCGCUUCUUCACCCGUCACCGCAGCCCGAGACUAACUAACUGACUGACUGACCGCCCGUGGGCGGCUGGGGAGGGAGAGCAAUAACCUGAAAGACUCGAGUGGCUGCGUUGUGUGGAGAGGAGGCGCCGCCGCCGCCGUUGUUGCUACUGCUGUCUCCGCAGGCCCGGCCGGACCGGGACGGCGCCAGGAGAACGACGUGGGGGACCCGGCAGGAACCGGACCGGCACCCGUAGCCUGAGAGCGGCCGCGCCGAGCUCCAUGAAUGGAAAUCAGCAGCGCAGGACCCGUUGGGGCUCAGCCCCUGCUGAUGGUGCCCAGACGACCUGGCUAUGGCACCAUGGGCAAACCCAUUAAACUGCUGGCCAACUGCUUCCAAGUUGAAAUCCCAAAGAUUGACGUCUACCUCUAUGAGGUAGAUAUUAAGCCAGAUAAGUGUCCUCGGAGGGUGAACAGGGAGGUGGUAGAUUCAAUGGUGCAGCAUUUUAAAGUGACAAUAUUUGGGGACCGCAGACCUGUUUAUGAUGGUAAAAGAAGCCUUUAUACAGCCAAUCCGCUCCCCGUUGCAACAACUGGGGUUGAUUUAGAUGUAACAUUGCCUGGAGAAGGUGGUAAAGAUCGUCCCUUCAAGGUGUCAAUAAAGUUUGUUUCCCGGGUGAGCUGGCACUUGCUGCAUGAGGUUCUGACAGGACGAACCUUGCCUGAACCUCUGGAAUUAGACAAGCCAAUCAGCACUAACCCUGUUCAUGCUGUCGAUGUGGUGCUACGACAUUUACCCUCCAUGAAGUAUACACCUGUAGGCCGCUCCUUUUUCUCUGCUCCAGAAGGCUAUGAUCAUCCCUUGGGAGGUGGCAGGGAAGUAUGGUUUGGAUUCCAUCAGUCUGUUCGACCUGCAAUGUGGAAAAUGAUGCUAAAUAUUGAUGUUUCUGCCACUGCCUUCUACAAAGCACAACCUGUAAUUCAGUUUAUGUGUGAAGUUCUCGAUAUUCACAACAUUGACGAACAGCCACGACCUCUGACUGAUUCUCACCGGGUAAAGUUCACCAAAGAGAUAAAGGGUCUGAAGGUUGAAGUGACUCACUGUGGAACAAUGAGACGAAAGUACCGUGUCUGUAACGUUACACGGAGACCUGCCAGUCAUCAAACUUUCCCAUUGCAGUUAGAAAACGGUCAGACUGUGGAGAGAACAGUAGCACAGUACUUCAGAGAAAAGUACAACCUGCAGCUGAAAUAUCCUCAUCUUCCUUGUCUACAAGUGGGACAGGAGCAGAAACACACCUAUCUGCCUCUUGAAGUUUGUAACAUCGUGGCAGGCCAGCGAUGUAUCAAGAAACUAACAGACAAUCAAACAUCAACCAUGAUAAAAGCAACAGCAAGAUCUGCCCCAGAUAGACAAGAAGAAAUAAGCAGACUGGUGAGAAGUGCUAAUUAUGAUGCAGACCCAUUUGUUCAGGAAUUUCAGUUUAAAGUCCGUGAUGAGAUGGCUCAUGUAACAGGGCGUGUGCUUCCAGCUCCCAUGUUGCAGUACGGAGGGCGGAAUCGAACAGUUGCAACACCAAGUCAUGGUGUGUGGGAUAUGCGGGGAAAACAGUUUCAUACUGGUGUGGAAAUCAAGAUGUGGGCAAUUGCUUGCUUUGCAACACAGAGACAAUGUCGUGAAGAAAUAUUGAAGGGUUUUACAGAUCAGCUGCGCAAAAUUUCCAAGGAUGCAGGAAUGCCAAUCCAAGGUCAACCAUGCUUCUGUAAAUAUGCACAAGGUGCCGACAGUGUGGAGCCUAUGUUCCGACACCUUAAAAACACAUAUUCUGGGCUCCAGCUCAUCAUAGUCAUCCUACCAGGGAAAACACCAGUGUAUGCCGAGGUGAAGCGUGUGGGGGACACACUUUUGGGGAUGGCCACACAGUGUGUUCAAGUCAAGAAUGUCAUAAAAACAUCUCCUCAAACCCUCUCUAACUUGUGCCUAAAGAUUAACGUAAAACUGGGAGGAAUCAACAACAUCCUUGUACCUCAUCAACGACCUUCUGUGUUCCAACAACCAGUGAUUUUCUUGGGAGCAGAUGUUACUCAUCCACCUGCUGGGGAUGGAAAGAAGCCAUCUAUUGCUGCUGUUGUAGGUAGUAUGGAUGCCCAUCCAAGCAGGUACUGUGCCACAGUGAGAGUUCAAAAACCCCGCCAGGAGAUCAUCCAAGACUUGGCCUCCAUGGUUCGAGAACUUCUCAUCCAGUUCUACAAGUCAACACGCUUCAAACCGACACGAAUAAUCUUCUAUCGUGAUGGGGUGUCAGAAGGGCAGUUUCGACAGGUGUUGUAUUAUGAGCUGCUAGCAAUUAGAGAGGCCUGUAUCAGUCUCGAAAAGGAUUACCAGCCUGGCAUAACAUAUAUUGUUGUUCAGAAGAGGCAUCAUACAAGGCUGUUUUGUGCUGAUCGGACAGAAAGGGUUGGAAGAAGUGGGAACAUCCCAGCUGGAACAACUGUAGAUACGGAUAUCACACAUCCUUAUGAAUUUGAUUUUUACCUCUGUAGCCAUGCAGGAAUACAGGGUACCAGCCGUCCCUCACAUUAUCAUGUAUUGUGGGAUGAUAACUGUUUUACUGCAGACGAACUUCAGCUGCUAACUUACCAGCUCUGCCACACCUACGUGCGCUGUACACGAUCCGUGUCUAUACCUGCACCAGCGUAUUAUGCUCACUUGGUGGCAUUUAGAGCAAGAUAUCACCUUGUAGACAAAGAACAUGACAGUGCUGAAGGAAGCCAUGUUUCAGGACAGAGCAAUGGGAGAGAUCCCCAAGCCCUUGCGAAGGCUGUACAGAUUCACCAAGACACCUUACGCACCAUGUACUUUGCUUAGCUAUAAAAAAAAAUAUCAGUGAGACCAGAGCCUAUUCACAAAAGGAAGAACUGCAGAAUUUAGCCACAUACAGUGUAUGUUUAAAGAAGGGUCAGUUCAUUGGGGAGGGGGAUACCUCUGCUACUGCUGAAACUGAUCCUGUGGGAGGGGGCACGGGCCUUAUCCUUGUUUUGACGCAAGGAAGAUUGUUUACUUCACCGAGAACACGGCACUUAUUAUGCAAUAUGAAACCAGCCAACUGCUUUUGAAGCAGCCUCCAAUGGGAAGUGCUGUCGUCAUCGUUGUUGUCUUUUCCUUUGUGUGUGUUUUUUUCUUGUAGUCUAACCCUUUUUUAUGCCUUUACCUCAAGUUGCUCAGCAGCACAACUCUUUCUGCAAAAAAGAAACAAUUAUUAUGGUAUUAAAACUUU